UUGUUGUUUUCCUCGAUGCGUCCCACCGUGGCCAGCAGGCAAAAUUCGCAAAAAACAAAAGCACCAAAACCGCGUAACAACCGAACAAGCGACGAACGCGGCGAGAGCGCUGCAGAUAUCAAGUCGGCCGGCUCGCUACGGUACCACGACAACGGAAGCGUGUUUUAUUUCACAAACGCGCGCCGCGCUACUCAUUUGUUUCGUUAUUAAUAGUGGCCACAACGCGGUGCAUCUGUGUGUUUUCAUGUGCGUGUGUCUGCGUGUUCGCCAUGACUUAUGAUUUAAUAUUUCACAAAAAUAUGGACUUUGUGGACAAGUAUAAACACUAUCGCGGGCAUUUAGAGGUGCUGUAAUUUUUUGUGCAGUUUGGAAGAAACAAGUUUUCUUGGGCAUCAAAAAGUUCCUUAAACAAAACCUGUGAUAAUAAUAUUAAGAAGAAACUGUAUAAACCUAUAUAUACUUAAUUUAAGUAAUUUAUUGACUGAUAUAACAAAUAAAUCCACAAUAUGGACACCGAAACAAAAAAUGAAUAUCACGUGGAGAAUGAAAGGAGGACUGUGAGGAAUCGCGAGCAAUAUGGAAGGUUAUUGGCCAAUAAAUCAGCACCGAAUUUAAUUUUGAAUUCGGCCCAAAUCAACGGUCAAAAAUUGGGCAACAGGAGGAGAUCAGACAACAGUAUUUUGGGAUCGAUGUUAUCCAGAUUGUCCAUAACUGCUGGUUCCAAGGAUGCACCCAAUCACGUCUGGAGCAGAUACAGACAAUCAAGGUUUAAUGCCAGAAGGCAGAGGAAAAGGGUAGUUUUCAAGCAUGGUGAUUGUAAUGUGGUACAGGGUAAUGUGGCUAAAAGGAGAAGGAGAUAUUUACAGGAUAUUUUCACAACUUUGGUGGACGCACAGUGGCGCUGGACGCUAGCGGUAUUUUCCUUAAACUUCCUACUAUCUUGGCUUCUAUUCGCAGUGGUUUGGUGGCUCAUAGUGUACACCCACGGCGAUUUAACUGAUCAUUCCGCUUUGAAUGAAACCGAAUGGAUACCCUGUAUAGAAAACAUUAAAAGUUUUACGUCGUGCUUUUUGUUUAGUGUCGAGACCCAGCACACCAUUGGAUUUGGAGGAAGGACAAUAACCGAGGAGUGCCCUGAAGCCAUCUUCGUGAUGUGCACUCAGAGCAUAGUAGGCGUGAUAACGCAAGCCUUCAUGGUAGGCGUGGUGUUCGCGAAACUUUCGCGACCUCAGAAGCGCACGCAGACGCUGAUGUUCUCCCGAAACGCGCUAAUCAGCCAAAGGGACGGCAUACCGUGCUUGAUGUUCAGGGUGGGGGACAUGCGCAAGAGCCACAUCAUAGAGGCGCACGUCAGGGCGCAGCUGAUCAAGCACAAGGUCACCAAGGAGGGCGAGAGUCUGCCCUUCUUCCAGACCGAAUUGAAGGUAAGAGACAAAGUUGGUGGAGACGGCGAAGAAGACAAAAUUUUUUUUAUAUGGCCGACCACUAUUGUCCAUAAAAUAGAUAAGAAUUCGCCGCUCUACAAUAUGUCCGCCACUGACUUGUUAAGAGAAAGAUUUGAAAUUGUUGUCAUUUUGGAGGGUGUGAUAGAAUCCACGGGCAUGACCACGCAGGCUAGAUCUAGCUACCUACCGUCUGAAAUUUUGUGGGGCCAUCGCUUCCAAUCCCUCAUCACGUUCAAAAAAGAUUCCGGCGAAUACGAAGUCGACUACGCGCUGUUCAACAACACCAUCGAAGUCGAUACGCCUUUGUGCAGCGCCAGGGAGCUGGAGGAACACAGGGCCGUAUUCAGCAACGAGUGCCUAGAAACAAAUAAAAACUUUUUAACCAUACAUGAUAUGAAACCAGGUUUGUUCCAAUCGAUAAGGUCUCAAUCCAGCGACACGUUGUCGAGCUUGGAUUCGAUGUCCCUUGACGAUGGUCACAUAGAAAUGAAGAUACCGUCGGUACCAUCUUGUCCCAUACCGGUGAUGGUAACAGGACCUGAGGAAAUGGUACCCUUAAAAAACGGCAACGCCAUGCCGGUGUAA